CGCGACGCCACUAGCUACAGCCUACAGCUGCAAGAGGAAGAAGAAAGGAUCGGAUCGAGUAGCUGACAAUUAACGACGACAGUGCCGCCACUCCAAGUCCAUAUAUGCUAUAAUUUCGGACAACGGAUCGAGUCCAUCCUCCACCACCGAAUGAUGGAGAUGCACCGAUUCGAAGCAGCAGCAUGCCAAAGCCCUCCUCCUCCUCCUGAUGCCGGUGCUCCCUUCAUCGGCCUCUCCUCCUUUGCCGCCUGCCUCUUGGUAGCUGCUUCUAUCAUCAUCAUCAUCAUCUCUAACAAGGUGCUGCUGCCCCUUGUCAACAAGACGAGGACCAUCGUCUCUGUCUCCAAGGCGGCACCACCACCUCCACCGGGAAGGGGAAGCAGCAGCAGCUGCUGCUGGUGGUGGUGGACCGUCGUGGAGACGCUGUCCUUCGUCGCCGCCAACAGUAGCGGCAGGGGCUUCUACCACUUCGUCCACGCGCGCCACCUCAGGUACGGACCCCCCUGCUUCAGCACCACCCUCUUCGGCCACACCCACGUGUUCGUCUCCUCGCCCCAAGCUGCCAGGUCCCUCCUCUCCGCGGAGGCGGACCCCGCCGCCUGCUUCUCCAAGCGCUACGUCCGCACCGUCGCCGACCUCCUCGGUGAGCACAGUCUCCUCUGCGCCUCCCACGCACGACACCGCUCCCUGCGUCGCGUCGUCGCGCCCCUCUUCAACCCCCAAUCCACGGCCUCCUUCGCCGCCACCUUCGACACCCUCACCCGCCACCUCAUGCGGGACUGGAAAAGCUCCGCGUCGGUCGCCGUGGUGCUCGACGCCGCCCUCAGGAUCACCUUCGAGGCCAUCUGCAACAUGCUCAUCAGCACGCUGCGUCAUGACACCAAGAGGCAGCUGCAGAGCGACGUGCUGGCCGUAACACAAGCCAUGCUGGCGUUCCCGCUCAGGCUGCCGGGCACAAGGUUCUACAAGGGCCUCCAGCCACAUGUGCAGGCACGGAAAAGGAUCAUGGAUGUGCUCAGGCAAGAGAUCGCCUGCAGACGGAGUAGUGAUGGCUCGCAGCAGAAGAAUUGCAAGGACUUUCUGCAGAGCCUUCUUCUGAUGAGGAGCCAACCAUCAGAUUCAGCAGGUUCAGGAGAUGACUCUGAAGAAGCAGCGCUCCUCAAGGACGAGCAGAUUCUCGAUAACAUCUUGACGCUCAUCAUUGCCGGCCAGGCUACAACAGCAACCGCGAUUACAUGGAUGGUCAAGUAUCUGGCCGACAACAGAGACUUCCAAGAAACCUUAAGAUCAGUUCAGCUGGAGAUGGCACCCAAGCACCAGGAUUCCCCUCUCACGCUUCAACAUCUCAAUAGCAUGGACUUUGCAUAUAAGGCGGUGAAAGAAUCAUUAAGGAUGGCCACUAUAGUUUCCUGGUUUCCAAGGGUAGCACUCCAGGACUGCCAGGUUGCAGGGUUUCACAUCAAGAAAGGUUGGAUUGUAAAUGUCGAUGCGAGGUCCCUACACUAUGAUCCAGCAAUUUAUGACAAUCCGACGGUGUUUGAUCCUUGGAGAUUCAAUGAGGACAUAAAGCCGUACAGCUUCUUGGUGUUUGGAGCAGGCGGGAGAACAUGCUUAGGGAUGAACCUUGCCAAGAUCAUGAUGCUCAUUUUUCUGCACCGGCUUGUUACAACCUUCAGAUGGGAGAUGGCAGACGACGACCCAAGCCUGGAGAAGGGGGCAAUGUUUCCCAGGUUGAAGAACGGAUGCCCCAUUCACCUCACACCAAUAUAAUCGACAUCCAGUAGUUCAACCGCAUCAAGAUACAGAUACUCCUAGGUAGUACUAUUACUGUAACCUCCAGGGCUGCAGCUCAAGACUGACUCCUCCUGUGUAUGUUAAUUUAAUUCGAUCGGGCUGCAAAUUAAAUGUAAUGAAUCAUAUAUCAUCAGUUGAUCAUCCGUAAGGCUAAGUACAGUACUUUAUUUUUUUAUAAAGAAGAUUAGAGAGAGAAAUAAAUUCGC